AGAUAGCGUAGGUCGUGUGGGCAUUGGACGUGCUGUAGAUAGCAAUGACAAGGCCCUCAGAGUGACCGCUCUGCUGCCAGUGCUGUUGAACUAGUCACACUACACCACACAGUCCACCUCUCUACAGCUGACCGAGGUAAACUAUCACUAUGUUUCGUCUAGAGUGAGGUCACAGAUAGCGUAGGUCGUGUGGGCAUUGGACGUGCUGUAGAUAGCAAUGACAAGGCCCUCAGAGUGACCGCUCUGCUGCCAGUGCUGUUGAACUAGUCACACUACACCACACAGUCCACCUCUCUACAGCUGACCGAGAUGGACCUGGAUGCCAUGUUGAAGGAGUUGGGACAAUUCGGCAAGUUCCAGACAGUCUACUUCACGAUGCUUCUAUUCCCUGUCCUCCUCUGUGGCUUCCAGUCAACCGAGUAUAUCUUCACUACCAUGAACAUCCCUCACAGGUGUCGGAUACCCGAGUGUGAAGGUACUACAGGUGACGCCUCGUUCUCCACCCCUUGGCUUACCCACGCCGUGCCACUCAAUAAGGACCACGAGCCAGAGAACUGUCUGCGAUACCGUCCCCUCAGCAACAACACGGUUGGCCUCAACACGUCCUGUCCUGCCGACCUCUUCAACCUCAACGUCACCCAGGAGUGUCAAGAGUGGGUGUUCGCAGAGUCGGCCAGAUCCAUCGCUCAUGAUUUCAACAUCAUGUGUCCAAAAGACUUCUGGAAGUUGACUAUUCUCGGAAGCUUCUCUGUAAUGACCAGUUUCGUGGGGCUGCCGCUUGUUGGUCUUAUCUCUGAUAGAUUGGGCAGGAAGACUGUAAUGGUGUACGGGGCAGUCCUCAUAUGUUGUGUAGGCAUCAUCCGCUCCUUCGCUGUCAACUACGAGAUGUUGGCCUCUCUUGAGAUCCUGAACGGUCUGGUCACAGGUACCGUCUACGGACCUGCCUUCUUGCUGGGGUUGGAGACUCUCUCGCCAAGCAAACGUCUCCUGGGCAGCAUGCUGGUCAACGUGUACUUCGCGAUGGGAGAAGUGGUCAUGGGGUGCUACAUGUGGAUCGUGCAGGAUUGGCGAAUUCUUCUGAGGUUCUUCUACAUCCCAAUGUUGGCUGUGGCGGCUCUUCAUUGGUUACUGCCGGAGUCGGUGCGCUGGCUGUACACGCGAGGCAGGUACGACGAUAUAGAAAUUAUCUUCAACAAGAUUGCCAAAAUAAACAAGACUGAAAAUAGUCUACAGAACGUCCUCACCGACCUUCGAACUCCUAAACCGAUUGAUAAAAACCAGGUUGGGAAGGGAGAAGCUCAGGAGCCGGUCAAGAGCCUCAGACUCACGGCGGUGUUCAAGUCCCGUAUCAUCAUGUGGAGGCUCUUCGUCUGUGCUUUGUGUUGGGUAGCCUCCAUAUUUGCAUACUACGGGAUAUCUCAGAACGCUACGUACCUGAGUGGCGGGAACCGCUACGCCACGUUCUUACUGGUGAGCCUGGUGGAAGUGCCAGCGUACAUAGCCAGUCUGUGGAUACCGGACUGGUCUUUCCUGGGGCGUAGAGGAACCAACGCCUGGUCUUUCUUCGUAGCAGGAGUCUCCUGUCUGGCGCUCAUGUUUGUGUCCUCAGCUCCAGACUACCAGUGGUUGAGCCUGAUACUGUUCUUGGUGGCCAAGUUCGCCUCCACCAUGACCAUCACCGUCAUCUACCUGUACACCGCCGAGGUGUUCCCCACGGAGGUGCGACACUCUCUUCUCUCCACCUGCUCCAUGUUCGGCCGCAUCGGCUCCAUCCUGUCGCAGCAGAUCAGGCUCGUGGAACUGUACGUGGACCCGAACCUCGUGUUCGGUGUGGUGUCUCUGAUCGGCGGAGUCCUUGCCCUCACCUGCCCGGAGACCCUGGGCACCAAGCUGCCGGACACGAUCCUGGAGGCCGAGGCUAUAGGCAGGGACGUGAGUCAGCCCACCGCGGAGAAACAACCGCAGUGACCGAUCUCUCGCAGACUGCUACCGUACUUACUGUCCACUAAAAUGUCGUAGCUUACAAUGUAUAAGGAAUAUUUACUGUGCAUGCAAGUUCUCAAGUAAUAUAACAGUUACCUGCCUCCCCCCCCCCCGUAUACACAUUUUUCAACCAAGGACUGAACAUUCCAAAAGUAGUAUUUUUGUAACUUUCAAAAUGUUAUGACAAAUUGGGGAGGAUGUUCAAAUAGCAAAAAGUAUGAUCUAUUCUGACAAUUUUUUCUAGAGUAAUUUCAAACAGGUAUUUGUUGUAAAAACUGACGUGUGAAUUUUACAAUAAUCGUGUAAUGUUACUACCACUACAUGGCAUAUAAGUGCAUUAUUCUAGCAGAUCCAUUUUUAGGCCAUCUUGUUGGUUACAACUCAUAGAAUUCAGAUGAUAUCGACUGACAGAGGUUUGGGAGGAAAACCUGCUGUCAUGUUUAUUUACAGCCUGUUUUAUUGCGCACACUGUAAAUAUUCCUACUAGCUGUAACAUGUAAACUCGUGCACACUCUAGCAUAAGGUUGUUGUUGUAAUUGUGAAUAAAAAUUACAACCGUUUAGGAUAUAUGGAAUCGUUACGCUUUUACAAAUUUGCACAUCACAUAACGCGAGUCAGACUAUAGAAAGUCUGCUCAGAGGGUAAAUAUGAUUAGUAUUUAUUUACUUUUAUAAAAAUAAAACCACAUUUUUAAA